UAAAGGAGGAGACUCGCGCAUAGUGCAAGUUUACCAAGCAAUCAUAGUGCAAUUGCGGGCAAAGUGACACAUAGCAGACUGAAUGGUAAAAGGUGGUGAAUUCAGGUUUCACGAUUGCCUUCUACAGCGGAAUGUUCACUCGAAGGGGCUAUGGCGACGUCAAGAAAUCUACACAGAAAGUUCUGGACCCAAAGAAGGAUGUUUUAACGCGGCUAAAGCAUCUUCGUUCACUACUAGAUAUCACUGAGAAGAGUGAACUGAAGACAUUCUUUGAAAGCAACUGCUCACAGAUUUAUUUUAUCUUCUAUGAAAAUUUCAUUACACUGGAAAGUAACUUAAAACAAAAAGGGAACAAAUCACAACGGGAGGAGCUGGACUCUAUCCUGUUUAUUUUUGAAAAAAUUCUUCAACUUCUACCCGAAGAAAUCCGCAGUCGAUGGCAGUUUCACAGUAUAGGUUCUAUUCUCAAGAAACUUUUGCACACUGGAAACUCUUUUAAGAUUCGCUGUGAGGGGAUCCGUCUCUUCCUGCUGUGGCUGCAGGCGCUGCAGACUAACUGUGCCGAAGAGCAGCUCCUCAUCUUCGCCUGUCUGGUGCCGGGCUUCCCCGCUGUCUCCUCUUCACGAGGCCCCUGUACACUGGACACCAUCAUCUACAACCCCUUCUCCAACCCUUCUGAUGCCAAGGUCGUGCCUGAAGAGAUCACACCACUGGUGCCCGCCACUCCUGGGGAGAAAGUAGCUGAUGAUCAUACAUGCUAUGUCCUCCAAAUAGUCCUCAAGUUUAUGGUUGUCCAGGCGUCUAGUUUGGAGUGGAAGAACCGAGAUAACCAGGAUUCGGGUUUCCGGUUUCUCUUCUCCCUCUUCAAGAAGUACUACCUGCCUCACCUCUUCCCCUCUUUCACCAAGCUCACCAACCUCUACAAGCCUUUACUAGACCUGCCACACCACCGACCAAAGCCGCUGUACGUUCCGGUGACGCGGAACAAUGAGAGCACGUUCUGCACGCGCGACCAGUACCUGGCCCCUCGUGUGGCCUUCAUCACCUGGCUGGUCAACUUCUUCCUGGAGAAGAAGUACGUCAGCUUGGCCCCUCCCACCACCAAGAACGGGGGCGAGGUCCUCCCCAAGCUCAUUCAGACCGUUUCUGCGGGCAGUGUCGGUCAGGAGCGCGGCUCCAUCUCGGAGACACUGGAGUCCAACGGGCCAAUCAGCGUGGGCAGCGAGCCCGAGAAGAGCCACUCCAACAGCAGCACGCUGACGGAGCGACGGGCCAGCAGCUCCAGCCUGUGCAGCGUGGACGAGGAGCACCGCGGCGUCUACGACAUGGUGCACUGCAUCCUGCUGUCCACGCGCGACAACGUCAACUUCGUCAACGAGGUCUUCCACCAGGCCUUCCUGCUACCGUCAUGUGAGGUCUCUGCCAUCCGCAAGGUAAUCAAGGUGUACAGGAAAUGGAUCCUGCAGGAGAAGCCGGCCUUCAUGACGGAGCCAGACAAGACUGUCCAGGAGGACGAGACGGACAUGAGCCCCAUCAUGACGGAGACGGAAAUCACCCACACACAGAUUUUGGAAAGCCAUGGACACAAGCGCUCGUCCAGCUGGGGCCGCUCCUACUCCUUCAGCAGCGCCAUCAACCGCGGCUCCCUGACCGAGGAGCUCAACCACAACAUCAAGGCUGGCAUCCAGCCCACGUUACAGGUGUUUCUGACUAACUCGGCGAAUGUGUUUCUGCUGGAGCCGUGCCACGACGUGCCCAAACUGCUGGACAACCAGGUGGAGGUGUGCCGAGCCGUGCUCAGCAUCUACCGCCACAUGAUCAUGGAGCUGAGCAUGAACAAGGAGACAUGGGAGCAGAUGUUGCAGGUGCUGCUGCGGAUCACUGAAGCUGUGAUGAAGAGGCCUCAGGAGGGGGAGAAGAAGGACGUCUUCGCUCAGAACCUCGCCGGCGUUCUCUUCAGGACCAUCAUCGUGGCCUGGGUGCGGGCUAACCUGAGCGUGUUCAUCUCGCGGGAGCUCUGGGACGAGCUGUUGCGUGUGCUGUCCUCGCUCAGCCACUGGGAGGAGCUGGUGAGCGAGUGGGCCAGCAUCAUGGACUCCUUGACCGUGGUGCUGGCCCGCUGCGUCUACGGCCUAGAUCUCAACAACCUCCCCCUGGACAAGCUCUCUGAGCAAAAGGAGAAGAAACAGCGGGGCAGAGGGGUGAUGCAGGAUGCCCAGAAGGCUGCGGUGGCGGCGGUGGCCCGCUCCUUCUCCCUGAGCUGGAGGAACCAGGGGGAUCAGCCCGCCGCCCAGGAGCCCAUGAGGUUCCGCAGUGCCACCACCACCGGAGCACCUGGCGUGGAGAAGGCCCGCAACAACGUCCGUCAGAAGGCCUCGGACCUUGAGGAGUGCCAGGUGGCGAGGGGGGGGGAGGGUGAGGGGGAGCCGGAGAGCCCUCUCCUGCGUAGCAGCAGUACGUCGGACAUCACGCAGCAGCUCACCGACUCCUUCCCAGGUCAGCGGAGAGAGGACUCCCCCAACAUGGGUAGCGCUGACGGCAGGACCUCCGUGUCGGAGAGCGGCUCCACGGGCAGGAGGGACAGCGGCCCUCCCGCCAUUCUGAUUCGUCGGAGCAGCAGUCCAUCUGAUCAAGAGCACUCAGAGACGCAGCCUCCCUAUAUGAGGACUAAACUCCGGGAAAAAAGCGAGAGCAUGAGCAGCGAGACGUCCAACGGCUAUCUCAACGAUGCCGACGCCAGCCUGCUGGCCUGGCAGGCCUUCGAGGAGGAGCCGCCAGACUCUCCUCCGCCCAACGACCUGAACUCAGACACAGACCACCAGCGCAGCCUCCUUCUCAGCCACACGGAGGCGCUAGCAGACAGCAGUGAGUUCUUGGCGGACGACGUCAGCAUCAUCGCGGGUGGCAGUCUAACGGGCUGGCAUGCGGACUCUGCCUUCGUCCUCUGGAGGAGGAUCCUGGGAAUCCUCGGGGAUGUCAAUGCCAUCCAGUGUCCCCGCAUCCACGCUAAGGUGUUCAGCUACCUCUACGAUCUUUGGCACAAGUUGGCAAAGAUUAGAGACAACCUGGGCAUCAGCGUGGACAAUCUGUCUUCUCUCCCUCAGCCUGUCUUCAUCCCCCCUCUCCGCAUGCUCGCCUCCUGGCUGUUUAAGGCCACCAUGUUGCCAUCGGAGUUCAAGGAGGGGAAACUGCAGGCCUACAGACUCAUCUGUGAGUUGAUGACCAAACACCAGGACGUGAUGCCCAACAGAGAGUUCCUGGUGCACCUCUACGAUGUCAUGCACAAGGGCUUCAACAGCAAUGACCAGGAUGUGCUGAACACUGUGAUCAGGUGGUGCUCUCCACGCUUCUUCUUCCUGGGUCUGCCGGGCUUCACCAUGCUGGUGGGCGACUUCAUCACGGCCGCCGCCCGCGUCCUCAGCACCGACUCGUUUGAGGCUCCUCGGAUUGAAGCGCAGACAGUCCUGGGCUCGCUGGUGUGCUUCCCCAACCUCUACCGACAGAUACCCUCGCUCAUGUCCACACCGGGGUCAGAUGAUCUAGAGGUCGGCAAGGAGGACAUUAAGGAGUUUCUGGUGAAUGUGUUGCUGACAACUGCACGCAGUGAGCUGAGCGAAGGAGCCAGGUGUAUUGCAAUCUGUAGCCUGGGGAUUUGGGUGUGUGAAGAGCUCGUACAACAGAACAUCCCACAUCAGGUCAAAGAUGCCAUCAACGUCCUCGGAGUCACACUAAAGUUUGCGAAUAAAGCGGUGGCCCAGGUGGCCUGCGACGUGUUCCAGCUGUUCAUCAGCCACUGGCAACAUCUCCAGAGACUGGAGGAGUCACUCCCAAAGAGAAUCAUCGAGAUCUUUGUGGCCACCAUAGCUUUCCUCCUACCCAGUGCAGAGCAUUCAACAGUGGAGGCAGACAAAAAGUUGAUGGUGGCUUUGCUGUUGUGCCUGCUGGACUGGUGUAUGGCUGUCCCUCUUGUCACUCUGUUGGAGCCCAUCACCAUGCCUGUCCUGGAUGACCCCGCAUCCCAGAAGACCCCUCUGCUGGAUUACAUCUACAGGGUGCUACAUUGCUGUGUCUCGGGGUCCAAUCUUCACACCCAGCAAAGCCACUACCUCCUCAGCCUGGCUGAUCUGUCCACGGAUUACGACCCCUUCCUCUCCCUGGGUCAGGUGAGGAGCAUGGACACCCCGCCAGCGCACUCCGCUGCUGGAGACUUCGGCAACUUGCUCACCGUGGCUGAAGAGAAGAAGAGGCGAAACAUGGAACUGAUCCCACUGACUGCCCGAAUGAUCAUGACGCACCUUGUGAACCACUUGGGCCACCAUCCGCUCAGUGGUGGCCCUGCACUAUUACACAGCCUCAUCAAUGAAAACCAUGACAACCCCUACGUGGAAUCCUCUGAACUGUCAUCUGAGGUUUUCAAGAGCCCAAACCUGCAGCUCUUUGUUUUCAAUGACAGCACGUUAGUGUCAUACCUACAGAUACCCUCUGAAAGCUCAUCCACAGUGCCUGGCAUCAACAGUCACCCAAGGGACCACUCUGCACCCUCCUCUGAAGUCCGUGUCAUUGUGCGUGACAUAUCAGGAAAAUACUCUUGGGAUGGUGGGGUCCUCUACCGAACUUUUGAGGGACACGUCCCACACAGUGGCGGAGAUAAUCCUGCUGACCACGCCAACAUCUCUCCGCUUCCUACAAAACAGACCUCGGAGGGGGAACCUUCCCCUUGGGCGUCUGAGAUUGGGGAUGAGGAGGAUGAAGAUGAAGGCGUGGACGUGUUGGACCAGCUCCUGGAGGAGCUUGGCCAUAGCAGCCCCGAGUGCCUACCCCAGCCUCGGCUAAAGCUCACCCAGCCUGCGCCCUCGCCCCUGGGCAUGAACCUGGAACAAGAGGCUUUGAUCAUGGAGGCUAUUCAGCGGCAGGCGUUACAGGAGGAAGAGGAGCUGGCCAGAAGAAAAUGUGGAGACCCCAGCAUCAGGGCUGCCCGUCAGAAAGAGCCUACAUACCAGGAGCCCAAAGCUCCCUUUUAUUUCUGCAGACUGCUACUGAAUGACCUUGGCAUGAACUCCUGGGACCGCAGGAAAAGCUUUCAUCUCCUGAAGAAGAACUCCAAGCUCUUAAGGGAACUUAAGAAUUUGGAUUCAAGGCAGUGUCGAGAGACACACAAGAUUGCCGUCUUCUACAUCGGUGAAGGACAAGAGGACAAGUGCUCGAUACUGUCCAAUAAUGAGGGCAGCCAGGCGUACGAGGACUUUGUGUCUGGACUGGGAUGGGAGGUGGACCUGGCGACACACUGUGGUUUCAUGGGGGGCCUCCAGCGGAAUGGCAGCACGGGUCAGACGGCACCCUACUACGCUACCUCCAACGUGGAGGUCAUCUUCCACGUCUCCACCCGCAUGCCGUCUGACAACGAGGACUCGCUCACCAAAAAGCUUCGUCACCUGGGAAACGACGAGGUCCACAUUGUAUGGUCUGAGCAUACUAGGGACUACCGACGUGGAAUCAUCCCCACCGACUUUGGAGACGUGCUCAUCGUCAUCUACCCAAUGAAGAACCACAUGUUCUUCAUCCAGAUCAUCAAGAAACCACAGAUUCCGUUUUUCGGGCCUCUGUUUGAUGGUGCCAUCGUCACGGGAACGCUGCUGCCCAGCCUGGUUCGUGCCACAUGCAUCAACGGCAGCCGAGCAGUGAAGUCCAGACUCAUGCUCUACCAGAGCUUCUAUGAGGAGCGGGCACUGUAUCUUGAGGCUAUCAUCCAGAACCAUCGUGAAGUCAUGACCUUUGAGGACUUUGCCUCCCAGGUGUUCUCCCCAUCGCCUAUGUACUAUACAAUGAGUACCACAGGAUCCCUGAGUGGCAGCACCAGUGCCGAGCUGCCCGUCUCCACGGCGACCACCACGGCCACCGACUCCACCGACCAGGUCUCCCCGACGAUACCCCGCGCCACGAAGCACCGAGUGUCCGGCAAGCUCCGUCGCUCCGCCAGCGCCAUCAGCAAGUCCUCCAACUGAGCCCAGUCUGUCCCGAACUCACCCACACCCCCAUGCCCACCCCCCACCCCCCGUCAGUGUCUCGUCCUGCCAAUGACCUCAACCAUCAUCAAGGCUGCAAUGUUCAGUUUUAGUGUGAAAAUAUUGAUAAUGUGUUCUACUUUGUUUUGUCCUAUUUUAUUUUUUUGUUUAUUUGUUUUGUUUUUGUUUUGUUUUUUCUUGUUGUUCUACACUGGUCGCAAGUAACUGGAAAUGAUGAAUGGUUUAAGCUGUUGUGGACUUCUGGUGCCCGUGGGUAGACGAGGUUUUACUGCUAUCACACUAAUGUGAGUGGAUUGAGAGGAGCAUGUUAAAGAGACAUCUUUUUUUUUUUAUUCAGAUAACAUAAACGAUGAUGAUAAAUUGAAAUACUGCAAACUAAUCAUGAAAGAGAAAGAAUAUACGGGGAGAACUAUGGGAAAAUCUGAUUGGUACCAGUGUGUGUGUGUGUGUGUGUGUGUGUGUGUGUGUGUGUGUGUGUGUGUGUGUGUUCUGAAUAUGAAUGUGUCUCUGAGCAAGAUAAUUCUUGGCCGACAUACCAGGAAUUGAAUUGAUCUAUGUAGGUCACCAAAACUGUCCCUGUUAAUAUUGGGGUGAACUUAAAUUAUUUUGCAAUGGGCCAAUGCAGAUGUUGCCAGCUUUAUGAAAUGGUCAUCAUGUAGCAUGACUUGUGUAAUUAUCCAGGUCUUCUGGAAAGUCAAUGAAGUUGUCCAGCUCAAUGCUAAAGUCUACCACAGAGGGGAAAUCACUAAUUAACUGAAAUUAAUCUUGUUUCAGUUUAUGCUGUCAUUUACUAUUUUAGUUAAGUUACAUUAAUUGUUAUCACUUUUUAUCACAAUUUUCGCUGCCAAUUUCAUGCUUUUUUUUGCUGCAAGGAAAAAUAUUAUGAGAACUUUUUGUGUGGAGUUACGAAGGAAAUCUUUGUUCAAAAUGUACAUUUAAAUUAUGUAUACUUAUCUAUUCCAUUGUCUCAUGUGAUAUCUGCUCGACAUUCCAAUGUUUUCAGAGGUGUGGACAAUAAUGUAGGAUAUACAAGAUGUCUGUCCUUACCUGUGUUGUCUCUCCUCUCAAAUGUACAUUGCUUUAAAUUUUAUCUGAUGAUUUUUA